CAAAUAACUCGCAGUAGAGUUUUCCAGUAGAGAACGAAUCGGAGCUCUGUUAUAUCAGCAAUUAUCAGCGACAGUAACUAUCUUCAGAUACUAAGAAUAGGAGAGAGAGACUUGGACCAUCUGGGAAGUAAGGAAUUGCUUUUUCUCGUAAACUUUUACUCGCAAAGACAUUUUGGACAUCUUUGUGGGAGCCUCAGUCACUUUCGUUGGGUCUAUCUGAGUGAAGUUUGCCCACAGCGCUGCUCAAGCUGCUCCUCUGAAAAACAGACUUUAUCACCCGACCGUCCUUAUCUGGAGUGGAUUUGUUAAUUAUCCGGCGACUGGAUAACGAAAAACCGCCGACGACUCGCCGAAGUGUCUUUACGUGACCCGCUUUGUCCCAGGAGUCAGUACCCAUAUUCUUCCAAAUAGGACGAAUAUACGGUGUCAGAAUGUACCAAAGUCUUGCUUUGUCAUCCAACCAGUCCCCAUAUGCACACGAUGCAGGGAACUAUAUGCACCCUUCAGCGAGUUCCCCCGUGUACGUGCCCACUACGAGGGUGCCUGCUAUGCUGCAAACCCUGCCGUACUUGCAGACAUGCGAGUCCACCCAUCAGUCCCAUGGCCUCGGCGGGCAUCAUGGCUGGCCUCAGACUGGCGCAGACAGUUCGUCCUUCAAUCCGGGCAGCCCCCAUCCGCUCCCCGGGUUCUCCUACUCUCACAGCCCGCCAGUAAGCAGCAAUACAGGCAGGGACACAACCUACCAAAACCCGCUUGUGCUCAGUAACGGUGGUCGAGCCGACCAGUAUGGCAGCGCUUUGGUACGGUCUGUUGGAGGAUCGUACUCGAGUCCCUACGCGUACAUGAGCCCUGAGAUGGCAACCUCUUGGACACCAGGCCACUUUGAGAGCGGCAUGAUCAGUCUUCAGGGACGGCAAGGUUGCCUGUCUGGGAGAAGGUCCAGUUUUGACAUGUUGGAGGAGUUCCCGGGAGAGGGUCGUGAGUGUGUAAACUGCGGCUCCAUCUCCACUCCUUUGUGGCGACGAGACGGUACCGGGCACUACCUGUGCAAUGCCUGUGGCCUGUACCACAAGAUGAACGGAAUCAACAGGCCGCUCAUCAAACCACAGAAACGCCUGCAGACCACAUCUCGCCGGGCUGGCUUGUGCUGCACUAACUGCCUCACCAGCACGACUACGCUGUGGCGUCGCAACGCAGAGGGAGAGCCUGUCUGCAACGCCUGUGGCCUGUACAUGAAACUACAUGGGGUCCCCAGACCACUGGCCAUGAAGAAGGAAAGCAUUCAGACCAGGAAACGGAAACCUAAGAUGCCCAAGUCCAAACCCUCAACAGGAGGGUUGUCAGCCUCAGGCACCAACUCACCGUCCUCCUUGUCUGUCUCGGAACAUGCAUCUACGAUAAAGAGUGAACCCAACAUGGCUCCCUCACCCUACGCCGGACAGACCGUAGCCUCUGUGUCCCAGGCUUCAUCACAUCUGGACAGUUCAGGACAUGUCGACAUCAAAUACGAGAACUACCCCUUUACGCCCACGUCCAUCGCCCCACAGAACUCCUGGUGUGCUCUGUCUCAGGCAUGAGCUUGACCGCAGCUCAUCGUGUUCUGAUUCUGGAUCCAGCUCAGCUCACUGUGGAUAAUAUAGACUUGUGACAAGAACUACCUAUUAUAGACUUACUCUCUUUCCCAUGGCUGGAGGGAGGAGAAAACAGAAGGAAGCGACGGCAAUCAAGUGGAAUGUAUAGAAAUAACUUUUUACUGGCUACUAUCAAUACUAUUUCUAGUUGUAGUUUUUGUUGUGGUUGUCUUUGUUGUUGUCAUUAUUGAUAUUUUUCUAAUAUCACCAUCACAGUUUUACGUGGUAUUUCAGCCGAUAACCAGAAACAGUUCAACAAGUUAUCACGGAGUGUUAUUCACAAAUCCAGAAGGACAAAACACGCAAGUGUUUAUUACCGCUGAGCAUGUUUCAUUGCUAGCGUGUAGAUGAUUAACUUCUAUAUACAUUAUUUAUGUUGCGAUAAGAACAGUCAUGAAACUCCAAAGCCAACAUGUCAUAUCCCAGAAGUCCAUUCCCUUCUAGAAUGCCUUGUGUGUUCAAGGUAUGAAAUCUAAAAUAGAAAGAAUACAUUUACAUGUGCUUUCUAUGUAAUGAAUUGCAUAGUUGUUCAUUUGACAAACGAUGCAUAUAUUUACAUUUACACCUGUAUAUACUGUAUAUGUUAUCAGAUAUGUUGAAAGUGCAUAAACACUUUUUUAUUUUAGAUGUCAUAAUUGUGUACUUGAAUUCGUUUUCAUUUUUUCCAAGACCCCUGUUCUCUUAGUUCGGCUUUUGACAAUGUGUUGUCUGCUCAUUUAAAGUGCAAUUACUUAAUUUAAAAAAAAAUAAAGACAAAGAAAAAUACUUUUAUUUUAAUUGUUUUGAAUAAGUUCAUCUAAUUUUAUUUGCUGUGUUUUGGUUGAAAUAUAAGGGAAUUCUAUUGUUACUUUAUAACCUAAAAUUGUUCAGAGACUUGAGUCUACUUUAGUUGUAUAACCAAGUCUGAUAGUCUCGUUGGUUUUGCAAUGCUCUUUGAAAUCUGUUUAGUUUAAUAAACCGAUAAAUUAAUUGU